AGACGAUUAUGGUUACAAGUUAGUGUCUAAAUUAAUCAUGGCGCAAUACAAAUUCGAAGGAGAUUUUGACAGUCUAAACGAACGCCAACUGGAGUUCGUCAAUAAAGUGGUAGAGGAACAAAACUUAGGAGUUAAAAAAGUGACUUUCAAAGCUGUUGGGCAAGCUGGUGAUAAUUUCAUAGGAAAUGUUAAAAGGAUCAUCAUAGAAGGCGAGACUGGAAGCAUGAAGUUGAUUGUCAAAGUUGCUGCUUCAAACGAAAUGGCUCGCUACCAAACAAAUACUGAAAUAUUGUUUCGCAAUGAGCACGUAACGUAUACAGAAUUGUUGCCUAAACUAGUGCAGCUGCAGGAGACAGCAGGGGUCCCAGAAGAAGACAGAUUACGGUAUGCAAAAUGCUACGGAUCUCUUACUGAAGCCCCGAAUGAAAUUAUUAUUUUAGAAGACUUGACUGAAUCAGAUUUCACAAUGUUGAACAAGUUUGAGUCUUUAUCGAAUGAAUGUGUCAAAAACAUUCUGAAAGGCUUUGCUGUUUUCCACUCACUGGCCUUUGUUCUUAAAGAGCAAGAACCAGAGAAAUAUGAUGAAAUAAAGGAGAAGUUGACCGAUGUAUGGACUAUAUCAUUCUCAAGACCAGAAAUGGAGAUGUACAGUCAUAUGUUGGAAUCUGAAACAGUACGGAUUCUUGAUGAUAAACACAAACAUUUAGUUGAAAACAAACUUUCAAAAGCGUUUAAAGAGCGCGUAAGGUUAAUUGAAAACGAAGAUCAAAGAUAUACUGUUAUACAGCAAGGAGAUGCGUGGACGAACAACAUCAUGUUUAAACUGGGAAAGGAUUCCAUCCAAUCCGUCAUGAUCGACUACCAAUUCGCAAGCAACGGCAACCCAAUGACAGAUUUCCUCUACAUGGUCUUCAACUGCACCGACCAUGAAACGAGGUCCAAACACUACCUCGACUGGAUAGACUACUACUACUCGGAACUUGAGAAGUCACUGUCGAACUUUGGUUUGCAAGCCAGCUCCAUUUACCCGAGAGACCAGAUGGAUGCAGAUAUAAAGAAGCAUGCAAAAUACAUGUUUCAUCAUUCCAUUCUCUUCGCACAUCUUCUGAUGAGGGACUCGGCUGAAGCUGGUGAGGUUUUGGAAGCAAUGAAGAAUGUAAAUGUAGAAGAAGCAAUAGAAUCCUUUAAAGCUGACAACUUGCAGACUGCAACUCUUGGUAGGAUUAAAACUAAAAUAGAGAAUGUUAUAGCUAGUUUUGAAUUGUUUGAGUUAUUUUAAGUUAUGAUAUAAGAUGUGAUAAAGAAAUCUACAUACUUUGUGAGUCCAACUCGGAGCGUAAAAUGCUUUUUCGAAGGUUCAAUUCAAGAUUAAUAUCAGUUACGUUAACGUGACGUACGUUAACGUAACGUUCAGAAUAUUGAACUCACGGAAUAAUGAUGCAAUUUUUUCUUGAUCGAUAUUCAUUUGUACAAAAAUCUGUUAAUAUUAUUAUAUUAAAUUAAGUAAAUGAGUGUUAAAAUAAUAAAAGUAUUUUUUUGCAAUGAUAAA